CAACUACUGUUAAUCGUUUAACACUGAAAAAAAGCCAACACGAUGUUGAGGUUUUGUUUAAUUUUUUUCGUUUGUCUAGCGACAUACACCACGGUAAACGCAGAUAAUAAUGUACUCGGCGAUGGCGGUAAACCAUUCAUGCCGAGCGGGCUUCAAGACACCCAAAACAUGGUUGGCAAGAACAAAGUAGUUGGCGAUUUCAAAACAAAUGACAGUCUUGGAAACAUUCAACUGACUACAGCCAGAGGUUUGGGUACGACCACAAACUGGUAUGAAAAUUCUUCGGCGACAGAUAAUUUCCAAACUUAUCCACAACAAAACAAUAGAGCAAACAACAGCAACCGUAUGCAAAAUCGCCGGAACAGACGUAGAAACAACAAUAGGAGGUAUUCGCAAUCGUAUGGGUCACCAUCAUAUGACAAUAGCGAAUGGAAAAACUAUUGGGAUAACUUUCAACCUGUAGUGGCGUCACCGCCAGCAUCACCAUCGCCAUCGCCCUUUAGCAGCGAUUGGCAACCAUAUUGGGAUAACUUUCAACCAGUCAUGACGCAGCAAAUGCCAUCUCCGCCAUCACCACCAUCACCACCACAAAUGAACAGAAUGAAUUACAACAAUAAUUUUCCAUUCAACAGAUUUAAUAACUAUGGCAAUAACAAUGGAAACAUUAAUGGCAAUGGCCGUAAUUCGUCUAAACGUCAAAAAACACAAUUUAACCAAUUUAAUGAUGACGGAGUCCUGGGAAACAACUACAAAGUUCCAACAAAUUCGGGAACUCAGGGAGCAACUAUAACAAUGAACGAUAAGAACGAACUCAUUGUCAUUUGUCCUGAACACACGGUCAAUUGGCGCAAUAAUUGCUAUCCAGCCGAUGUUGACGGUAGUGGAAAACUCCCAAUUAAUUUGAAUAAUCAUCAAAAUAUACAAUUUAAUGAUGAUGGAGCCCUGGUAGACGGCCACAAAGUUCCAACAAAUUCGGGAACACAGGGAGCAUCUGUAAACUUUAACGAUAAGAACGAACUCAUAAUCAACGGACAAAAAAUCCCACCAGAAGCAUUCAGUAGCGGGAAAACACCAGACGAUUGGGUGAUACAUGGGAGUAAUUUUGGAAACGUAAAUUCCGGUAACGUAAACGAAGACAAUACACCAGCAGAACCACAAUAUAGAUGCAUUCUAUAUAAAGGAAUGAACAAUGUACGCAAUAAUUGUUAUUUCGAUGGCAGUCCAAAUAUAUCUUUAUACGACGGUGGAGUGGUGAUCAACGGCAAAAAAAUUCCAAUGGAUGUUGGAAAUACAGUUAAUCCGUCUGUACAAUUUAAUGAAAAGGAUGGUUUCACAAUUAACGGGAAGAAAGUUCCAGCAGAUGCAGAAGGAAAUCCUUUGAAGCCAGCCGAUGUUGACGGUAGUGGAAAAACACUAACAGGUGAUUUUGUGGCAAAUAAGAAUAAUAUUGGAAACUUGAAUUCUAACAACGAAAAUUCGUUUAAUGCAUUUAACAAUACACAAAAUUCUAAAUCAAGAAAAGAUGGUCAGCAGAAAAGUAGAAGAAAAGCAACAGCAAUUUAAUAAAUAUUUUCCAAAUUUAAUAACAAUAAAAUACAAAAUAAAAGUAUAAAAUAUUAAAUGAAUAUACAAUAUACAUUUAUAAUAUUCUAUU